ACUCGGAGACAGGCGAGGACGACGCCAGCGACCCCCAGGGGACGCAGCGCAGUGAGCUCCAGGACGAGACGCCUUUCAGCUCCCCCACAGGGGAGUCGAACACGCUGGUGGACACCUCCAUGACCACGUCGGCGCCGGGCCUGUCGCAGGUGGAGGAGCGCUCCAGCUGGUCGGGCAGCCAGCAGACCGUGGUGGAGAAGGAGACGGAGCCCGGCCUCCCAGUGAGGGGGCCCUACCUGCGCCCCGGUGGCUGGCAGCCGCAGGGGACCCCAAGCAGCAUCCCCCAGGGCGGGUACAGAAGAGACGACCCCUCGGAGCUCUCUCCGAAGCCUGGUGCAGACCCCCCAAGGCCUCCAGCUCAGCCCCUGGCCUCCAAGCCACCCGUUCUCUGCCUGCCGUCUCCCAGGGUGGGCCAGUGCCCGGCCCAGCCGGCCAGCCGAGGUCCUGGCGUCCCCUCCCCCACGCCCCUGACGCCCCGCAAGACGGCCCUGAUGCCGGCGGAGUACCAGGACACGGUCCCCGAGGAGUACGAGGCGAAGGUCCGGAAGCCCAAGUCUCUGGGGUACUCGCAGGCCAGCACGCUGGAGUCCCGGCCCCAGACCCCGCUGAGCGAGACCUCCAGCCGGGUGUCCGUGCUGCGGCCCUCGCCCAAGCUGGCGCGCUCCGGCUCCAAGAUCUUCGAGAAGCUGAAGUACUUCGAGGAGCGCCGGAGGAGCCUGGAGCAGAGCGACAGCCCCCUCCCCGUCCACGCCUGGCUGCCCCUGCGCAAGACGCGCUCCUUCGACCAGCCCGACCUGGGCCAGCGCCCGCUCACGCCGGACGGCUCCCGGGAGGAGCUGCGGGACGGGGUGCGGUCAGAGAUGGGCGGCCCGACAUGCCGGCGCCAGGCCUUCCGCCACAAGGCCGCCUCGUUCGACGAGCGGGGCCACUUCGCCAGCCGGGUCGGCGACAUCGAGCACAGGUUCUCCGAGGAGCUGAGCCGUAUCAAGAAGACCGUCUCCAAGCAGCAGCUGAUGAGGUCGCAGGAGCUGGCAAAGGCCCCCUCACCCCGGGACCCCAGCCAGCUCUCUGCCCCCCGGGCGCUGGAGGCACAAGCCACCCCGGCCCCGAAAGACCAGGGGCUCAAGGCCCCGCCGCCUGUGGAGAACGCGCACGGCACCCAGCAGCUGGCCCUGGCCAGCGUGGGGCUGGGGGGGCCCGGAGACGGGGCGGAGCGGGCAGCCACGCGGAAGCCACUGCUCCGGAGCUGCGCCCUGACCAGCCAGCCCCGGGAGGAGGCCAGAGCCAGGAGGAGUGGGGAGCCGGAAGGUGCUGAGGGCAAGAGGAAGGUGGAGCAGUGCCCCUUAUCGCAGGCCACUCCGCUGGGGCGGGGGGACCUGCCGGAGGCCGGGCCCCCCGAAGGAGUCGCAUGCCUGGAUGGGGGCCCGACGGUCGGGGCGAGAGCGAGCCGCGAUGGCAGGGCCCCCGGGGCUGGGAGCGAAGCUCUGACCACCAGGCCAGCAGGCCAGCACGGGCCGCAUAGGAGGCGGGCCGCGGGCCAGGAGGUGCGGUUCUUACCCUGGGCCAAGCCCGGGCCGGAGCUCGGAGCUGGCCUGGAGGGGGCCAGGGCAGGGCCGCGUGGCACAGGCAGGGAUGCCGAGCAAAGACAGCUGAAGGUCACAGAGAAGAAGGAAGGUGCCCGGCUGGCUCAGGAAGGGAGAAGCAUCCGGAGCAAGGGGAAAGGCCGCCGGCCCCGGCCCACCUCGCCAGAGCUAGAGUCAUCCGACGAUUCGUACGUCUCCGCCGGCGAGGAUCCCCUGGAGGCCCCGGUCUUCGAGAUCCCCAUCCAGGACGCUGUGGUGACGGUGGGCGCAGAGGUGCUGCUGAAGUGCAUUGUCACUGCCAACCCCAUGCCCGAAGAGCGCCCCACGCUGCCCCCAAGCUCUGAAGGCAGCUCCGGUGAGGGGCAAACGGCAGCUCUGGGGGGAGGCUCCAAGCUGGAGAAGAUGCCGUCCAUCCCGGAGGAGCCGGAGCUGCCGGAGAACGAGGUGGAGCGCUUCACCAUGCCUGACUUCCUCCACCCCCUGCACGACCUGGACGUGGUGGAGUCCAAGGAGGCCGUGCUGGAGUGCCAGGUGGCCGGCCUGCCCUACCCCACCAUCACCUGGUUCCACAACGGCACCAAGAUCCGCAGCUCCGAGGACCGCAAGAUGACCCAGUACAAGGACACCCACCGCCUGCUGUUCCCGGCUGUCAGCCACGCCCACGCCGGCGUCUAUAAAAGCGUCAUUGCCAACCGAGUGGGGAAGGCCACGUGCUACGCUCACCUCUACGUGACAGACGUGGUGCCGACUCCCCCCGACGGGCCACCCGCUGUGCUGGCCGUGACCGGCAGAACCGUCACGCUGACCUGGAACAAGCCCAAGUGGCUCGACUCAGCCAUAGACCCCGCCUCGGUGACCUACACCAUCCAGCAGCAAGUGCUGGGCACCAGCCAAUGGACCAUCGUGGCCACCGUCCUGCGAGACACGCGUGGCACGUUGCACAGCCUGACCAAGGGGCCGCGAUACCUCUUCCGAGUGCUCACGGCCACCCCCAGGAGCAGCAGCAAGCCCUCGCCUCCCAGCGAGCCAGUGCAGCUCCUGGAUCGGGGUCCAUACCUGGAGGAGGCCCCUGUCAUCCUGGACAAGCCAGAUGUGGUGUACGCAGUGGAGGACCAGCCAGCCUCCGUCACCGUGACCCUGAACCACGUGGAGGCCACGGUCACCUGGAAGAGGUGCAGGGGCGGGUUGGCGCUCGAGGAGCGGGCUGGCGCGUGUGAGCUGAGCAUGGCUGACGACGACCAGCACUGCCUGCGGCUCUGCCAGGUGCACCGCGGGGACGCUGGGGAGCUCACCUGCGAGGUGAGCAACAGGCACGGCGCGGACAGCUGCUCCAUCAGCCUGCAGCUGGCAGAGGCGCCGCGCUUCGAGUCCAUCAUGGAGGACCUGGAGGUCGGGGAGGGUGAGACGCCGCGCUUCGCCGUGGUGGUGGAGGGCAAGCCGCUGCCCGACAUCAUGUGGUACAAGGACGAGGCGCUGCUGGCCGAGAGCAGCCGCCUGACCUUUGUCUACGACGACAGUGAGUGCUCCCUGGUGCUGCUGGGCGCCACGGCCCGCGACAGCGGCGUCUACACCUGCACCGCCCGGAACCUGGCCGGGGAGGUUUCCUGCAAGGCCGAGCUGCUGGUGCGCGCAGCCCAGCCGGAGGCAGCAGCCGUGGUGGCGGAGGAGGGGCACGCGGCCCGGCGGCUGACGGACGACUACGAGGUGCACGAGGAGAUCGGGAGGGGGGCCUUCUCCUACGUGCGGAGGGUGAGGGAGAAGAGCAGCGGGCUGGACUAUGCUGCCAAGUUCAUUCCCUGCCGGGCCAAGGCCAAGCAGUCGGCACGCCGGGAGCUGCAGAUCCUGUCCCAGCUGGACCACGAGCGCCUCGUCUACUUCCACGACUCCUUCGAGAAGAAAAACGCCGUGAUCAUUGUCAUGGAGCUCUGCACGGGGGAGGAGCUGCUGGACAGGAUGGCGAGGAAGCCCUCGGUGUGCGAGUGGGAGACAGUCCAGAGACCCAACGCGGAGCAGACACUGGAGCACCCCUGGUUUAAGACCUUGGCCAAGGGGAAAUCCAUCAGCACCGACCACCUGAAGCUCUUCAUCUGCCGCAGGAAGUGGCAGCGCUCUCAGAUCAGCUACAAAGGCAGUCUGGUGCCGAGAGCCAUCCCGGAGCUGCUGGAGGACACGUCCAGCCACCUCUCCAUCGCCCUGCCCCGGCACCUCAAGGACUCGCCCGCCCUCUCCUCCUCCUCGGACUCGGAGGAGCUGGACGAGCUGCCCCUCCUCCCCAUGCCCCACCAGGUGGAGUUCUCCGGCUCCCGCGUCUCCCUCAACGAGAUCCCCACGGACGACGAAGCCCUGGGCCAGGCCGAGGGGGCGCUGGAGGAGGCGGCCCCCAUGGAGUGGCAGGCGGAGGUGGCAGGCCCGGGGAAGAGGCAGAAGGGCGCUGGCCCGCGGAAGAGGCCCACGGUGGCGGAGGGGCCCGGCUCCUCGGACGAGGACUCCGCCGAGGCUCAGCCGCGGCCCGAGUGCCCCCGGAAGGCCCUGAAGAAGGGCUCCAGCCUGGAGUCCCCGGAGGGGGGGCGCCCGGCCGGCAGGAGGGGCGAGCUGCGGCGGGGCAGCUCUGCGGACAGCGCCCUCCUGCUGGGCCUGCCGGCGGAGGCCGGGGCGGGCGAGGAGCCCCCCAAGGCGCUGAAGAAGGCGGCGUCCAUGGAGCUGCCGCGCCGGAGCCCCAGCCCGGGGGGUGCGCCCCGCAGGCAGGCCGAGGAGGAGCGCACCCAGCGCCUGGAGCUCGUGCGCCAGCGCCUGCUGCGGGACGGUCCCGUGGAGCCCAGGGUCAGCGGCCUGCGGGGGCCGCUCCUGGAGACCCUGGAGAAGAAGGUGCGGCCCCCCCGGCCCACAAAGCAGCCGCCCCCGGGGGCCAGGCUGGUGCGGGCAGCCUCCAGCGAGGCAGCCCCGCAGCACCCGCCCCCAGAGCCGCGCCUGCUGCAGAAGAGCAGCUCCUUCAGCCAGGGGGACCUGGAGCCGGUGAUGGUGCACCGCCGCUCGGGCGCCCCGCUGGAGAUCCCCGUGACUCACCUGGAAGCCCAGCGGCUCAAGGAGUCCCCCUCGCUCUCCGCCCUGACGGAGUCCCGGCCCCAGACCCCGCGGGAAAGCUCCUCCAAGCCACCCGGCCCUGAGCUGCCCGAGGCCUCCCCCGAGCAGGGGCCUGGGCCGGGGGACACUGCCAGGCCCAGAGCCAGCUUGGCAGCUGUGGGCAAGAAGCCUCCAGCUGAGAGGCCUCAAGAAAAGCCUCUGCCGCGGCCCGCAGCUGCCAGACCUACCCAGGUCCCCCUGCAGGCAGCUCCCAAGCCCCGAGCAGCCCUGCCAGAGCCCCCUGCCCUGGACUCCAGAGCCCCCAAGCCCUCCUCCUAUGCACAGGUGAUACAGUCCAUCCAGCUCCCCGCCGCGCCCGGGGAGCCUGCCCGGGCUGAGCCCCCCGCUGCCCGCCCACAGCCGUGCCCCGCACCCCCCCCAGCCCACGCUGCGGGCGGUGCCAAGGCGGAGGUGCCCGCGGAGGAGGCGGCACCGCUGCGUUCCAGCAGCGCCCUGGCCAUCAAGGACAUCGACUCGGAGGAAGUCUUCGAGGCCAAGUUCAAGCGGGGCCGGGAGUCUUCGCUCAGCCGCGGCCUGAAGCUGCUCACCAGGCCCCACUCGGAGGACCGGCACCUGGCCAGCCCGCUGGUGCGGGAGGAGGGGAUGUACCGGCCCGGCCCGGCCGGGGCGCCGCUGGAGCUCGCCAAGGGCCCGGCCCAGCGGGCCCAGUCCGUGCAGGACUUGCGUGAGCCGGAGGAGGCCAGCUUCAUCCGCAGGAUGUCCCAGCGCCUCUGGCGCACGCCCCCCAUGGAGAGGAAGCAGCCCAAGGAGGAGGAGUCGGGCCGCGAGCCCCCGAGCCGGGGCCGCCGUCUCUCCUGGAGCCUGGGUCUGGGCAGCUCCAAGGACAAGCGGGACUCGGCGAGCUUGAAAUCGGAGCCAGGCAGGAGUGAGGGCGGGUCGGAGUCGCCCGUCGUGGCCAUGAGGCGGAAGAUCAGCUCCACCAUGGAGCGCCUCUCCCAGCGGCUGCGCAGCCCCUCGGAUGACAGGGGGGAGGCAGAGGGGCCCGGGAAGCGGAGCCCGCUGCUCGCCCUGCUGCGGAGAUCGAACUCGGAGGGGGAGAACCUGCGCAAGAUGGGGAUUCCGCAGAACCAGUUGGCGGCACAGUCAGCCCUGGCGCCCUCCGCCGAGUCCUUCCAGUCAGAGAGCAGCACCCGCUCGGAGGCAGGUGCCCGAGCUCCCAGCGAGGGCCAGAGACGCUCCCGGUGGGACCGCUGGGGCCUGUCCCGCGCCAAGAGGGACAAGGUGGCCUCGCAGCCCAACAUCCCGGCCAGCCUGCUGCAGGAGGACGGCACCAUCGUGGGCAGGCAGUACGUGCGCAACGCAUCGGACUUCCCCCCCGUUUUCCACAUCAAGCUGAAGGACCAGGUGCUGCUGGAGGGCGACCCGGCAACCCUGUUCUGCCUGCCAGCUGCCAGCCCGUCCCCCAAAAUCCUCUGGAUGAAGGACAAGCGGUCGCUGGUGUCCGACGCCGCCGUGAACAUCGUCUCGUGUAAGGACGGCCGGCAGCUGCUCUCCAUCCCCAGGACGUGCAAGAAGGAUGCAGGCCUGUACGAGUGCACCGCUGCCAACGCCCUGGGCACCGCCACCAGCUCGUGCACUCUGGCCGUGGCACGCCUGCCGGGGAAGCCGGGCACCCCGGAGAUACCUCAGAAGUACAAGAACACGGUGCUGGUGCUGUGGAAGCCUGCAGACAGCCGGGCCCCCUGCACCUACAUCCUGGAGUGCAAAAUGAACGGGGAACGCGAGUGGAAGACCAUCAGCUCGGACAUCGCCGACUGCUACUUCAACGUGACGGAGCUGCCCGCCAGGAGCACGGCCAGGUUCCGUGUGGCCUGCAUCAAUAAGGCCGGCCAGGGGCCCUACAGCAACCCCUCGGAGACGGUGGCCAUCGAGACAGAUGAUCCCGGCGCUGCCCACUCGGCUCCUGCUGCCCGGAAGGAUGUGGCUGCCCCCGAGACAGCAGCUUCCAGCCGCUCCACCCAGACCCCUCCUGCCCAGCCUGCGCCCCAAACUGCGGGGGCCCCUCCCCCCACCCCGCCCCGCAAGCACAAAGGGGUCGUGCACAUGCCCGGCCGGGCACCACAGGCGCCUGUUCCCGGGGGUGCCUCUGCUGCCAUCCAGCCGCCUCCCCGUGCCCAGGCAGAGCCUGCCCCCAAAGAGCAGCUUUGCCCCCCUGCCGCCCCUCCAGCAAUUGCUGGGUCUGGCUCCCCAGAACUGGUGUUAACGCCGUCCAGGGCUGCCCCUCCUCGCCCCCCCGCUGCCCACACAACCAGCCAGGCGGUGCAGGGCUCGCCCGCCCCUCCAGCCCAGCCCCCUGCCCGACUCUCCCCCAUUUCUCCAGCAUCGGCCACCCCCGUGUCCCCCUCCCCCAAAGCGGCGCCCAUGUACAUGGUCACCUCCUUUGUCUCCAUGCCGGCUGCGACGCCCCCCACGGACGCCCCGUCCCCUCUCCCCAAAGAGGUGGUGCCAUCGGCCACGCGGUUCCUGGGCCGGAGUGCCACCCCGAGCAGGCUUAGCCCCACAGGGCCGGGGGCUCCAGAGGCAAAGGAGGGCACAGCGCUGCGCCAGGGGGUCCCCCAGAAGCCUUACACCUUCCUGGAGGAGAAAGCGAGGGGCCGGUUCGGGGUGCUCCGGGAGUGCAAGGAGAACGCCACGGGGAAGCACUUCAUGGCCAAGAUCAUUCCCUACGAGGCGGAGAAGAAGCAGAGUGUCCUGCAGGAAUACGAGAUCCUCAAGGGCCUGCACCACGAACGCGUCAUGGGCCUGCACGAGGCCUACAUCACCCCCCGCUACCUGGUGCUGAUCGCCGAGCACUGCGCCGGCAAGGAGAUCCUCUACAGCCUCGUCGACAGGUUCCGCUACUCGGAGGACGAGGUGGCCGGCUACGUGCUGCAGCUGCUGCAGGGGCUGGAGUACCUGCACGGGCGCCGCAUCGUGCACCUGGACAUCAAACCCGACAACGUGGUCGUCGCCCACGGCAACGCGGUGAAGAUCAUCGACUUCGGCAGCGCCCAGACCUACAACCCGCUGGUGCUGCGCAGGCUGGGGCGCCGCGUGGGCACGCUGGAGUACAUGUCUCCGGAGAUGGUGAAGGGAGACCCGGUGGGCUCUGCGGCCGAUAUCUGGGGGGUCGGCGUGCUCACCUACAUCAUGCUCAGCGGCCGGUCGCCGUUCUUCGAGCUGGAUCCCAUCGAGACUGAGAACAGGAUCCUGGCCGGGCGCUUCGAUGCCUUCAAGCUGUACCCCAACGCCUCGCAGAGCGCCGCCCUCUUCAUCCGCAAGCUGCUCUGCAUCUACCCCUGGAGCCGGCCCACCAUCAAGGACUGUUUUGCCAACCCCUGGCUGCAGGACGCCUACCUGAUGAAGCUGCGGCGCCAGACCCUGACCUUCACCACCAACCGGCUCAAGGAGUUCCUGGUGGAGCACCAGCGCCGGCGCAGCGAGGCCGUCACCAAGCACAAGGUCUUACUCCGCUCCUACCACGGCUCCGGCAGCCAGCCGCCCCCCGCGCCGGUCACGCAGUAGCCCCGCUCCCUCCUGCGGCGACGGAGGAGUCGAAGGAACAUUCCAGGGGCCGGGCCCGCGGCGGCAGGUUCCCGGAGGCGGGGAACGGGGGUCGAGCGAACCGCCGGGACAUGCGUUGGCGUCCGCCCCGCGAGCCUGGCCGCUCGGGACCGCAGAGGAGCGUUCACCCGGGCACCACGGGCCCCUCCGCCCAGCAGAGUUGGCACCGCCGGGGGCUCACUGCUCCCACUCCUCCUGCGGGGGGCCUGCUGCAAGGGGCGGGACUUCCUGUUUUGCUGUGCCUGAGGACAGGAAAUGCUACGCAAACAGCUGGACUUCCAAGACUAGGGGCUGGCGGGCUGCGGGGGGAGGGGAGUGUCUGGGGGGUAGGGGAGGCGGGAGCCCAGCAGCAACCUCUGCGGCGCGUGAAACUGUGAAGUGGGGAGAUGGAGGGACGGAGGGCAGGAAACAGGAGCCGUGACGAUGGGAAGCCACCAGCAUCGCCUGCCCUUUGAGAUGUUUCCCCCGAGUUUGGGGGAGCCCAGCCCGGCCCGCGGGGUUCCACUGCCAGCAACCGGCUCGGCAUGCCUUCUCCCUCCAGCGCCACGCUGCCCACGUGCCCUGUAACCGGAGCUGGGAGGAGCAGAGCCGCGUCCUCGGGGGUCCUGGCAACAGCUCCCCUGGCAGCGCCCGGCCAUGCCGGACGUGGGUAAAACCCCCGGCGUUAAUGUCACCAUGGUGCUCACGGCCUCCUGCACCUCUCGGGGGUGCUGUCGCCCCGGUUUGGCUGCCAGCCCCGGCCCCACUCGCCGUCCUCGCCCCCCGCUGGGCUCCCUCCCUGCCCCACACGCCCCCAGGCUGCCAGGCCAUUUGCUGAAUAUGGCUGAGCUGGUUGUGCGACCCCCAGCCUCCAGUGCCCCCUGCCCCCCCCCCGCAGCUGGGCCCCAGAGAGUGGCCACAACCCACCUGCAUGGGGCGGGGGGAGGCCUCACUGCAGGGAGGGGGGGUGGCCAUUUUGACUGAGGGCAGCCCAUGGCUUCAGUUCCAUAGGAAGUCAGGGAAGCUGGUGGCCAUUAUGGAUGAGGGCAAACUGAGCAGUCCCCCCCCCCCUUCCCGCCCACCUGGGGAGCUGCUAGGAGUCACUUGCUGUCUGCGGCCACAGUCUGACAUGCAGAGCCCAUGUGCCCCUAUGCACACACAGCGACAUGCCUGUACUUACACACACGCCUGUACACAUGCACAGCUACACGCCUGUACGUACACACACACAGUGACACGCCUGUACACACGCACAGCGACACACUUGUACACAUGUACAGUGACUCCCCUAUGCACACACAGCUACAUGCCUGUAUGCCCCACAAACACACAGUGACAUGCCUCUACAUACACACACAUGCUUGUACACACGUAGAAUGACUCCCCUAUGCAUGCACAAUGACGCCUGUACACACAUAGUGACACCUGUACACACACAGCAACACGCAUCUACGUACACACAUACGCCUGUACACAUGUACACA